UGAAUAGUAGCUUUAAUUUGGACUGGUUAACUUCCUAUAUAUAUCAGUUCACUUAUCUGAUAUCUCCACGGAUCAUAGAACCAGAAAGACAUUGUAUCUCUAAUUGUCCAAAAUCUCUCUUUCCAUCGUUGUCUUUUAUCACAAGUUCAACAUUUAGGAAGAUGUGUAGGGUUAAUCCUAAAAAUGUAGCAUUUCUUGUACUUAUUGUCUUGUUGUUUUGGUCUUCAAGCUUUGAAGUUUGCAGUGGUGGGGAAGGCAAGCACUGGAGGCAGAACAUAGCCAGUGGUCUUCGCCGACAAAUGGCAGGAGGAAGCUCUGCCACUGCCACCUUUAAUGUGUUAGACUACGGUGCCAAAGGUGAUGGACGCACAGAUGACACAAAGGCAUUCGAAGCAGCAUGGGCUGCAGCUUGUAAAGUACAGGCAUCAACAAUGAUGGUUCCAUCGGGCUCUGUAUUUCUUGUUGGAGCCAUCUCCUUCUCAGGCCUCAAUUGUCAACCCAACAUUGUAUUUGAGUUGGAUGGCAAGAUCAUAGCUCCUACAAGUUCUAGUGUUUGGGGAUCAGGUCUCUUGCAAUGGAUUGAAUUUACAAAACUAAAGGGGAUUACAAUCAGAGGCAAAGGAACUAUUGAUGGACAAGGUUCUGUCUGGUGGAAUGACUCACCCACAUUUGAUCCUACAGCUGAAGAUUCAACAACUAAUGACAUGGUAAAUGCUGAGCUGAAGGGAAAGAUGCCAGGCACCAGACCAACAGCUUUAAGAUUCUAUGGAAGUAAUGGUGUAACAGUGACUGGUAUAACUAUACAGAACAGCCCUCAGACCCACCUCAAAUUUGAUACUUGCACAAGCGUUCAGGUUUCCGACUUCACUGCAUCAUCUCCUGGUAACAGCCCCAACACAGAUGGAAUUCACCUGCAGAACUCCCAAGAUGUGGUCAUCUCCGGCUCAAACCUGGCUUGUGGGGAUGAUUGUGUAUCGAUACAAACUGGAUGCUCAAACGUAUAUAUCCACACUGUGAAAUGUGGACCUGGUCAUGGAAUCAGCAUUGGAGGACUUGGAAAGGACAACAGCAAAGCCUGUGUUUCGAACAUCACUGUUAGAGAUGUCACUUUGCAGAACACAUUAACUGGAGUCAGAAUAAAGACAUGGCAGGGAGGCUCAGGUGCAGUACAACAAGUGAUGUUCUCAAAUAUUCAAGUUUCAGAAGUUGAAAUUCCAAUCAUGAUUGAUCAAUUCUACUGCGACAAGGGCAGCUGCAAAAAUCAAUCUUCAGCUGUGGCAGUUUCGGGCAUAAACUAUGUAAAUAUACAAGGAACCUAUACUGUGAAACCUGUACACUUUGCAUGCAGCGAUAGCCUGCCAUGCACUGGAGUUUCUCUAAGCACCAUUGAGCUAAAAUCAGUUCAAGAAAACCACCAUCUCGACGGACCCUUCUGUUGGGAGACAUACGGAGAGCUCAAAACUACCACUGAACCCCCAAUCAAUUGUUUGGAGAUUGGGAAACCAUCAAAAGCAGGAACUCAUUCUAAUUUUGAAUCAUGCUGAUGAAAACAGCCUUGGGUGAUAGGAUAAUUAUGUAGCCAUACAAAUAUGAAUGCUGAGUUUUGCCUUUCAUAUAUACUCAUAGGGUCAUAGUCGAUUAGUCGUAGCUAUAUUCUUAGCAAAAGACACAAGCACUGAAGCCCAUAGUAUAGUCAAAUGCAAAUUGUUGUCUCCAGGAAAUUAUGUUUCCUUGGCAAUGUAGCAAACUAUAUCAGAUAAAAAGCGACAAACCUGUAGUUUGCGUUAGUUACCGAAUAGUGAAUAUUGGAUUCUGGCAAUUGUUGCACCUUGCAACUGUUGGUUGCACCUACCACAUAUAAAUUUGUUGACUGGUUUAGCUGAUGCCAUAUCAUUAACCAUCCUAGGUUGAUAUUCCUCCCUAUAACUUUCAAUUUAACAACAAUUGGAAAGGCAUUCUUUGCGUAUCCAACAAUGCAUGGCAAUAAUGUACAAGCUAAAGGUAAAAACACUAGAACCCAGAGCUUAACUCAGUUUGAACAACCACAUUAAAAGGUGACAUUCAACAUAU